AUGGCUGGAUCAGUACCUGCUGACGAUCAAAGACUCUGUUUCGAGGCCUGUAUGGUGCUGGGCGGAGUCGGAGACGCUCUAGGAUACAGAAACGAUACCUGGGAGGUCUGUCGCUCUGGGGAGCGCAUCCACGAAGAGGCAAAGGAGUUGGGCGGAAUAGAGAGUGUUAAUGUUACACCAAAAGAUUGGAGAGUGAGCGAUGACACCGUCAUGCACAUCGCAACAGCCGAGGCCCUCCUCACCGAGUGGUCAGACAGCGACCAACUCUACUCCGCCAUCGCUCUCAAGUACAAAGAGUGCAUGCGGGAUAUGGCUGGCAGGGCUCCUGGUCUUACUUGCAGCAGCAAAGUCCACAUGCUGAAGCCCCAUGCAAAGGAAGGAUGGGUGAUCCCGUUCGACAGGAAAGGUGGAGGGUGUGGCGCAGCCAUGAGAGCCGCUCCUAUUGGCCUGUACUUCUGGACACCCGAACAGCUGGACAAACUGGUGUCAGUCUCCAUUGAGUCCGGACGGAUGACCCACCAUCACCCGACUGGCUACCUGGGCUCACUGGCCGUGGCUCUCUUUGUGUCCUACUCGGUCCAGAAGAGGCCACUCCGGGAAUGGGGCGCUGGACUCCUGCACACUCUGGACACGGCCAAGCAGUACAUCAUCCAGCACAGUCCUCAGAGAGACCACAAGGAGCACAUGGACAACUGGACCUACUUUGAGCAGUACUGGAAGGACUACCUGGCUCUGCGACAGCUCACCUCGGGGAAGACGGAUGCCGUGUUUGAAGACCACGACGUGAAGAGUGUCAAGGAGAGAGACGCCUUCUACAAGAGCUUGAGCUACAGUGGAACUGGAGGUGCCAGUGGUCACGAUGCCCCCAUAAUUGCCUACGAGGCCUUGCUCAACACGUGGAGACCAGCGGGAGACAAGAGGCGGCAGUGGAUUGAUCUGUGUGAGCACAGCAUGCUGCACGGAGGAGACUCUGACAGCACAGGGAUCAUUGCUGCUGCCUGCUGGGGGGCCAUUGAGGGCUACACUGGAGUCCCAGAGAACCACUACAAGAACUUGGAGUAUCGCGAUCGCCUAGCCUCACUGGGGAGGAACAUUUACAAGAAAAUAAAUAUGUAG